GCGUGACCGAAGGUAGGAUACAGCGAUAACUACAGUCAUUUUCGUCAGAUUAGUGGCAGGAAUAUCGAAUAAACAGCACGCUUUUGAGGAAUUCCGGAGAUAAUUUAGAUAAUAUGGUUAAUAUGUGUACCGGAAAAAUAAAAAUAUUUUUGUUAUUGUUUAUUAAUUUGGUGUUCGGAUUUGACAAUAAUGCAUUGACAAGAACAUAUGCAAUGGCUGUAAGCGAUGAUGUGAAUGACUUAUUAGUUGAAUUAACGACUUUUGCGCCAUUGUUUGAAGAAGUCACUGAAAAUACACCUAUGACGCUGAAUAAACACAGACGAAAUCUUAGAGACUUGGAGUCAUUAUUUAGUGAAAAUAACGAAACGUAUAAAGGGAUUCAUUCUCGAAUAUUUAGACAAAGUAUCAAGCAACACGAAAAUAAAGUUUUGUCGUAUGACUCUAACGAUUCAAAUUUGUAUUUAAACCAAUAUGCUACGAAAUUUCACAGUUCAAUUACUUCAUCGACGAGUUCACCUUUAUUCAAAUUAUUAUCAAAUUCGAUGUCAAAAGAAGGAAAGUGGCCUAAAUAUACGUUAGAGAAGUCUUUGAAGAAACGAAACGCUGCUGAUAAGGACGACGAUUUGACAAACGGUAUGUCAAAAAAAAAUCAGAGGAAAGCAAAUACCUUAAGGCGUUUAUUGUUGAACAAUGUUUCAAACAAAAAUUAUGAGGAUAUUCAAGAUAAUUACAUUGAAGAUGAUGACGACGAUUAUUUCAAAAAUCUAAAUAAAAAGAAGAUGAACUGGGACGAUUAUCAAAACGACGACGGUGCAAGUGUAAUGGAGUUAGUUGCUUUAGAUGUAAGACACAAGAAACAUAUGCGAGAAGACUCUCAAAAUGACUAUUUGUAUUGGUAAUUGCAUCUAGUGUAUGUACGUAUUUCAGUUGACGUGACUUAAAUUUAAUUAUUAAAAUUGUAGUAUAUACUCUCAUAUUUUGUUGUCAACAACAGAAAUUGACUGCAAUAAAGCUAACUAUAAUCUUA